AUGCUUCUAGAUUCGGUGCUAUUAAUACCGUGUUCCAAUAGAGGGGGAUCAGGAGGGUCUAGUGUCCUAAACCCAGCUCACGUUCCGCGCCCUGCCUCCAAGGGUCCUGGCAGCAGCAGCGUGCGUCUCGCGCGAGUGGAGAGCAGCAGCCACCAGCGAGCCCCUCUCACCUUUCGGGUCCUGCCCCCGAGGGACCUGGCAGCAGCAGCGUGUGUGUGCCGCGAGUGGAGAGCAGCAGCUACCAGCGAGCCCCUCUGGCACCGCCACACCAUCGCCCGCUGGCCCGCCCUCGCCAGCCCUGCUGUGGCCCGUCGGGUCUCGGAUUCCUGUGGCUUCUAUCUCUUUUACAGAAAGCGUUUUCUCCGCCCGGGUCGCGCCUCCCCGCUGCCAUUCCACCUGGACGAUCUCACGUUCUUCUUCGACCUCUCCUUCCACGGCUCCCCCGUCUUCUCCCAAGCCUUCAAGUACGAGGGCGGCCGCGCCCUCGUCCCCUUCGCCCACCACACCUUCUCAGACCCGUCCGCCAUCUUUCCCUCUAUAGAAGCCCUUGAUAAGGACUCCUUUCGGCGCUCUCUAGCUGUGAAUUGGACGGUUUUACGGAGGACGGACGGAAGAGGGUCCUGUCUGGUGCGGGCGUGUCCUGACAGGGAGAAGCUGAUUCCUGCCAGCAGCAGCGGCAGCAGCAUCGGCACCAGCAGCAGCAGCAGCAACACCACCAACCUGAUGGGUGCUGCUGCUGCCGCCGCCGCUGCGGGUGUUGCUGCCGCCGCUGCCGCAGCAGGAGGGGCAGGAGCGGCGGCCAAUGUGGAGAUGACACCUGUCAACGUGCUGGCUCGCACGGGGGCGAUGGAGGUGAAUCUAACGGCUCUCAAGGACCGGCUGGGUGGGACUGUGCGGGUGGAUAUUGCUGGGAAGGAGUUUCUGCUGGUGCUGUCCGCGCUGCAGUGGGAGUGA